UGUCAUCAUUACCGAUAACAAUGCUAGUGGGGAUGUUAAGCCUGACAAGUUGAACGGGUGACCCCCGGGGCCGGAAGUGGCAGCCUCCGACUUGCCUGGCUCCAGUCCCCGAGUCUUUGCGGUUUCUUUUGCAGACGGAGGCGACGAAAGCUUGUGCCGCAUUGCCCAUUUUGAAGCUGGCCGGAUGACCCCUGAGCGACCCACGAGCAUCAACCGCUUUUUUGCCGUCCUGAAGAAUCCCAACUUCUCCCAGCUUGGCGUGGUUUGGAGAAAGCUACGGUCGGCCUUCAAAUUUAUCCCCAUCCAUUCCCUUGUGCUGAUCUACCGGACGCUCAGCAUGGCAGACGUCACGCUCCACCUCUACCUGAUACCUAAUGACCACUCCCUGCAGAAGGCCAUCGAAGGAAAAGAAACGACGUGGAAAUCAACGCACGUGCCCAAACCUCCUCAGACCGACCCUCUGUACUUUGGGUCUCGGUACCAGGUAUCCGGUUUGGAAAAUCUUCAGAUCACCCCGGCGCAACUGGACUUCUGCUACCGGAGCCCCGGGGAGCAGCAGUCGUUUGUGGAGAUCUACACCCGGGAGAUGAAGAAGGAAAUCCGGCUCCAGGUGCAGGGCCAAGAGGACGGCAGCUUGGUCUGGGAGACCUUGGUGAGGCCAGGAGAUGUAAGACUUCCUGCUUCGCCCUCCCUCGGGCUCCCAGGGGCGGCCUUUCUGGCGAAGCACCGGCUGCAGCUCCGCGAUCGAAUGGGGCUGCUCAACUCCAUGCUGGCCCGCUUCCGGGACGCCCAACUCCUCAACAGCGAGGAAGAGGAAGAGGUGAAAAGCCACCAGACCAGCAAACGGCGGAACGACGCCUUACUGAAGCUGGUGGAGAGGAAGGGGAUUCGGGCACAAGAGAAGCUGUACCAAAUCCUCCGGGAGACAGACCCAUGCCUCGUAGAGGACUUGGAGGCAUCCCAGUAGGGUCAGGAGAACUUCCUCUUGGCCACAAGCACUGAGGGCUACUGCCGUGGCCAGUCGUCACGGAGAAAUAUGUUUGAGGAGAUUUGCAAGCCACGCCACUGGGCCACCACCACGAGGAGUCGGAAAUCUGUGGGGAUUCCCCUGCAGAGCGGACCCUCUGACACGUGGCCAUCAGGCCUCACCGAAAGCAGCCCUGACUCCUCGUCCAGUGCCGUCACUGUUAGGCCUCCUUUCCUAGCACAGGCGCUGCUGUGGAUGCUCUGGAGAACGUCCAGGGGAGGGCAACCGAAACGAGGAGAGGUGGAGGGAUCUGGGCUUUUUUGCUCCACAGAAGAGCGAGAGGGGAUUGGAGAGCAGCCUUCAACUCCCUGAAGGGCGGUUCCAAAGAGGAUGGAGGGAGGCUGGAGAUGGCUGGCAGAACGAGGAGGAGGUCUAGGUUGGAGAUGAGGAAAAAAUGUCCCGAGGAGGGUGGGGAAGGCCUGGAACGGGUGGAAUCUCCAUCUCUAGAGAUUUGGAAGGUCCAACGUGACCAAGCCAUGGCUGAGAUGAGUGAGGGUGAAGGGCGGGAAAAUGGGCCGUUGAGGCCGAAACGGGGCUACCACCAUGCCCAACGGCAUGACGGCUGUUGCCGUGGAAAUGUCUCCCUGGCAACAGGAACCAUGAAAACAGCGUGGACUCGCCAUCCCUAGAGGUUUUGAAGGCCCGGCUUGACCAAGCCCUGGUUGGGUUGAUUGAGUUGGCUUGGUCUUGCUUUGGACUUGAUGACCUCUUGAGGUAUCUUCCACCCCUAGGAGUCCAUGACACCUGUAAGAACUUCUCAGGAGAGCCAUGCGUCAUGCCGAGAAGUACCUCCUUCACGCGUCUUCCACCACAGCCUUGCUUUUAGAGACCAGGCGAAACUCUUCCUCUCUUCAGACAGUCACUCUCCCGUGGGACUCAGAACGUCAUCCGUUCAGCAUCGGGGGACUCCGUGUUCAGCCCUCAUGGUGGCAGAGUGACUCCUCACCGAACUAAAACCGAACGGUUGCUGAUAUCCAAGCGAUUGUGACUUCAUUGCGUUGAUCGUGUGCCAACAGGACGGUGCUUCUGAAGGGUCCACGUCACGAAGACUACACGAGAGAGAGAUCUUGGAGCCGUUGCGGGUCGUUCUCUGAAAACAUCCACUCAGUGUGCAGCGGCAGGCAAAAAAGCCAACACAAUGUGCAGAAUCAUUAAAAAAGGGAUCGAGAAUAAGACAGAGAAUCUCUUAAUGCCUCUCUAUAAAACUAUGGGACACCCACAUCUUGAAUAUGGCGUACAGAUGUGGUCACCUCCUCUCCAAAAAGAUC